AUGCCUCUGUGGGCGCGAGUGCCGUUGGCCGCGGGCGGCCGCACCGCGGUCCUCGCCGACGGUCGCGCGGCGCGCUUCUCCGCUACUCGCGCGCCUCGCAAUUCCGCACAAACUCAGUGCCCCAUCGCGACAAUCACGUCCUCCGAUGUCGCUAUCGGGUCUAGCGCUCCAGCAGCCGCCGUCGAAAACCAGCUCGCUGAACAAAUGUCGAUCAAAUUUUUCUCAGGACUUCAGGAUCUGCUUGGUCUCUACGAUGCUUCGAUAGCGUCUACCAGUCACUCUACUGCCCACAUACCACCCAGUAAUGGCUUAUUUUCACCGGCAGCUGCAGGAUCGAGCAGUCUCCCACGUCGUAAAAGUGCUGGCGAACAUAAUCACGCCCUUAGUACUAGUGAUGACGACGUGCAAAUUAAUAAGUGUUCUCAUGAUCGAAAAGUUCGAUUUGAUGAUGAGCAACUCAUUUCUGGGUACUGUGAGGCUUCCGCGCCGGCAUUUGCGUCUGUUGGGGAAACACAGUGCGCAGGAUGCAAAGAAGGGCCUGAUGUCGAAGAAAUUCUAAAAUGCUAUCGAAGAUCUUGCCAGAAAUUAGGAAUACCAACAAUUGCAUCAGUUGAGCGUCAAAUAGAGAGACUGCAGCAAUCAUCGUGCAUUCGACAGGAGGUUUUUUCACUGAAGGGUGAGCGUGUGUCAGCAGCUCAGAUGGAGGCCCUCGAAGAAGUGUUCCGAAGAGUGCAGUUCGAUACUGUUGACUUCGAGUACACUUUUCUGGAUGACGAUGCGGCAGUAGCUCUGAGUGAGAUGCUCGAGUUCUAUGAAUCAGCCCAUAAGUUGAACCUUUCUUUCAACAAGCAAAUAACAAUUCGAGGAUGGACAGACGUGUUCAAGGCGGUGAAAAAUAGCAAUUCGUUGCAAAUGCUGAAUUUGCGAUAUACUUCGCUUUCUGAGAAAUCUCUGGCCGCAUUAUGUCGCAUGCUUCGAGGUACCCCGCAACCUGUACUUGGUUGCUUGCACCUUGAAAACGUGAAUUUAUUUGGAAGGAAUUUGUACAGUCUUGUAUGUGCCUUGAAGUUCAACACUGUGCUCAAGGAGCUUUAUCUCGGUGAAAAUAGUAUACAGAGUGGUGAUGGAGCUCAUCUAUAUCAGCUGAUAUUGAACAAUUUUACUAUACAGAUGAUCGAUUUACGUAAUAACCAGCUAGGGGAUGGCGGAAUUUCUAAGAUUUGUGAAGCAUUACGUAAUCCAGAAGUUGUAAAGAAAAGCUCUCUCAUGGCUCUUGUUCUCUGGAAUAAUAGAAUAACUGCAGGAGGAAUGGACUCCGUGGCAGCUGCUUUGUGCGAAAAUCCUCAUCUGGAAACUCUAAAUAUUGGCAGUAAUCCACUCAGUGAAACAGGUGUUCAACGCUUGCGACCGGCAUUGGGUGGAAACGGCAGUGGUCUGCGCAGGCUUGGUCUUCAAAACACUCAGAUGACUUGUCAGAGUGCAAUACUGCUGGCCGAAUGUCUUGCUGACAACUCUACACUGAUACGUGUUGAUCUUAGGGACAAUCCUGGAAUCGGUUCUGCUGGUUUGCUUGCUAUUCAUUCAGCCAUGAAAAUCAACGGAUCUAUUACACUGCUGAAUCUAGAUCAGAGUUGUGUUGUCGCAACCAAUGUCAAGGUACGGGCAUAUCAGGAAGACUUCCGGCGCUACUACGAAGACAUCAAACGUUACUGCGAACGAAAUAAACUUGCUGCACAACAAAAAAUGGAUGGUUCGCCAGAAGUACCAACUGUCGAAUCCGCACUGAAAAGCGACGAGCCAGAUGGAGGAGAGGAGACUACACCGUCCAUCGAUACACCUGCAGGUUUUGUUGCUACAAACGACGUAGACCUUUCUCCAUCGCAUUGUCAGCGUCCCCUAUCAACGUUGACUGGAUGCUCCAGAGCAAAGACGAAGUUUAUGAGGAGUUCAUCGUUGACUUGUGCUGAAACCGUAGCUGAUAUUCAUGAGCGUAUACAAGUAAUGGGUGGAUCGUGUCAUUCGUUAGACGAGACCGACACAGACUCAACGAAAACAAUCAAGAAGACUAGUGCUUCUACUCAUGGCUCUGUAGGACUAGCGGAGUGGGGUUCUUUGCCAGCUCUUUCACAAGCAAAUGAGGCAACGAAGCCAGUUGUACGGAAAUUGCGUCGGUUCUCAGUGUCACCUUCUUCUUCAACUUUUGAUGUUUCUACAGCUUCUGGCAAGCCAGCGAAUUCUUCCAUUCAACAAAUUUCAAUUCGGCCGAGUAGCUUGGUAAUAGGGAUUCCAAACCAGAUUACUAUGAAUGAAGGCCCACUGUCAGCUCCUGUUCAUUCAUCGUGCCUUUCUGAAUCUGCUGUUGGGUGGCCAUCUUAUUCAGAGAAAGUGACCAUCCGAAGAAAUCCUGAGAAGGAGCGAGAUAAUGAAGAAAAGACUGUCAUCACAGAACAGCAAAACACGGAUACUGAAAAAGAAUCUGCUCACUCAGAACAUGUUGUUUCAUUCGAGCACUCUGGAUUACAAACCAGAGUUGAUUUCUUCAAAUCAAAUACGUGUUCGAACGAAGAAGUUACCAGUAGAAAUCCCGCGCAAGAUAAUAGUAGCCGAUCGAGUAGUGAGGAGCAGAGAAUCUCUGCCGAAGAAGACGUCAAGAGAGAUGUUCGCAUAGUGAUUGCUGACCUCAUCAAUUACGUGGUUUACGAGGAAACAUCAACAAUCGAAAGAAAGCGGUCAUUGCUUUUGCAGGCGACAGUGUUUUCAGACAGAGAGCUAGGCAUUUUGAAAGGGCAGACCGUAGAAAGCUCACCCCAAGGAAGAAACGUCGUUACACCAUCUAGGAUGGUUAAUAUAGCUGAAGAAGUUGCUGAGGAGACUGAGGAGAUGGUCGUUUCUGGAGUUGUGCGUUCACUUGUACGUGAAGUCCUCAGGCGAGAAAAGGAAGAGCUACGAAAUACACUGGAUAGGCGACGAAGAAGAGCUGGUACCACAACAGCGAGUACCGCUGUUUGA